UGAAGCAGUGAAUAGCCUGAGACCAGCUUUCUUCAAUAACAUGGAGAAAUUGUAGUCACAGACUAUAUAUUUUUUCCUAAUGCAAAUUUUUGUUGUUAUUUUUCCUUUCAACAUUUUUUGCUGUUCUUUUUUUCUUCCAAUUCUAGCAGUUGGAUGUCGUUGCCAGGGAGGGGCUUGUAGCCAAAUAGACUUACUAGGGCCGCAGUGGGAAGGGCUGGCAAGUUCCAAGAGGGAAAAGGCCCCUUAACUCUCCAAGCUUUGGAAUCUCUCCAAAAUUGUGCUGAAACUUUCCCCUGAAGAAGUCAGUCUCAGUUGGGCCAGCAAGUUGCCAAGAGGUGAGAAGGUUUUUUGAAUCUUUUGAGUAGAUUCCUAUAUUUUCUUGAUUUCCCAUGUUAGGGCAGUUUUAAGCCAAAUACCCUUUGAAAGAUGGGUCAUAAUGCUACGAUCUUGGACCAACUCCUUUGGCAAGUCCCCCUGUGCGGACGAUGGAGGCACGAUUCGGAAGGGGCACUUUAUCACCUCGCCAAUUGCUUUGUACUGCUGGGCUUCAUGGGGGGCAGUGGUGUCUAUGGUUGCUUCUAUAUUUUCAGCUUCCUAGCGAUUGGUUUCUUGUGCUAUGCAUUGUGGGGCUGGUUUUUUGCCUGCGGGCUAGACAUCUUUAUCUGGAGUUUCCUUCUGGUCAUGAUCUGCCUGAUCCAGCUGGCUCAUUUGAUGUUCCAACUGAGGCAGAAUAACUACGUGGGAGAGUUUGACUACCUCUACAAGACCCUGUACCUGCCUCUGCAGGUACCCCUGCAGACAUACAAAGAAAUUGUCCACUGCUGUGAGGAGAGAGUCUUGUCGCUAGCUACUGAGCAGACUUAUGCCGUGGAAGGUGAGACACCUAUCAACCGCCUUUCUCUGUUGCUUGAAGGGAGGAUUCGUGUGAGCCAGGAUGGGCAGUUUCUGCAUUAUAUCUUCCCCUACCAGUUCAUGGACUCCCCAGAGUGGGAAUCAUUGCAACCCUCUGAGGAAGGGAUAUUCCAGGUCACUCUGACGGCUGAGAACGACUGCACCUACGUUUCCUGGCCACGGAAGCCCCUCUACCACCUCUUGGAGAAAGAGCGCUACAUCUCCCGCCUGUUUUCAGCGCUCCUCGGCUACGACAUCUCCGAGAAGCUGUACGCCCUCAAUGACAAGCUCUUUGCCAAGUUCGGCUUGCGUUUUGACAUCCGCCUUCCCAGCCUCUAUCAUGUCCUAGGUCCUACUUCCUCUUCCUCAGAGCCUGAAGCCGAGAAGGAGACCGAGGAUAGCAAGGAGCCAGCCCUCCCUCCUCAUCCUCUGUCUGUGGGGGUGCAGAAAGCUCCCUCCCUCCCCUCUCCUCCAGUCUCUGCUGCCCCAACUGCACCUCCCGCCCCAGCCAGGGCGUCUCGGCUUGGCAGUGAUAACUUGGCUUCUGGAAGUCCUCUUAGCAGUCGUCCUCACAUUAAAGCCAAAUGCUCAAAGGGACAGGCUCCUUUGGCUCCAACACAUACCCCUGAACUUUAGGGAUCAACUGGUAACUUCUGUUGCGAUGACCAGUCCCACUCUGCACAAGCUUGUAUUCACAAGGAGGCCUCCAAUGAACUUGAUCUCCUGAAUUCUCAUGCACCGGGUUCCUCACAAGCACCUGUCUUUGGGACACAUAAGACUUCUGCACCUGUGUGACACCACAGUGAUCUCGACGUGUGCCAUUUUGUAUUUUCCCACUCAUUCCCUCUGGGUCAUUUAAUUAAAUGCCUAGAAGCUACCAUGUAA